CUGUGCUUUCUUUAAAGGAGAUUGUAUCUACUAAGAAUCCUUAGAAAGCCUUCCUCAGAUUCAGGAAGACAACCUGAGAAGACACUGGAGUGGAAAGUGGAAUCAGUGUAGAAGAACCACAAACAGCUGUCUCUUAGUCCCCAGUCAGAAUCGUGGUUUGCAUCCUGUCCCUCUGAACACUUCUUCCCGAAAGCCUCCAAAGUGGAUGGAGGAACCUUCCCCAAUUAGCUACCCCCUUCCUCCUUUUCUCACAUCCUCCUCUCUAAUUGGCUUGGAACCAGUUGAUGCCAUCUGGUUCUUUGUGAUAGUUAUUUAAACAUUACAGACAAAUCUGUUUGGGAAGGAAGAAAAGAAAAUUCCAUUGGCACUUCUCAGCAGGAGUUAGCUAAUGCAGCUUAAAAUGCCGAAAAUGAAGAGCUUAUCCACAGGCAGAGCUCUCUUGAUUCUCUUCCUGUGCCAGAUGAUGAGUUCACUGGAGGUACCCCUUGAUCCAAAACUUCUUGAAGAAUUACUGCAGCCUCCAACCAUCACUCAUCAGUCUCCAAAAGAUUAUGUGAUUGACCCUCGAGAGAAUAUUGUGAUCCAAUGUGAAGCCAAAGGAAAGCCACCUCCUAGCUUCUCAUGGACACGCAAUGGAACUCAUUUUGACAUUGACAACGACCCUUUGGUCACAAUGAAACCCAAUUCAGGAACCCUAGUAAUCAGCAUUGUGAAUGAAGGGAAGGCUGAAACAUAUGAAGGAAUAUAUCAAUGUACAGCAAGAAAUGAACGUGGAGCAGCCAUUUCUAAUAACAUUGUAAUUCGUUCAUCCAGAUCUCCCUUGUGGACCAAAGAGAAGCUGGAGCCAAUAGUAAUUCGAGAUGGCCAAUCUCUAAUACUUCCCUGCAGACCUCCAAUUGGAUUACCACCACCGAUUAUAUUCUGGAUGGACAAUUCUUUUCAGCGGCUCCCACAAAGUGAAAGAGUUUCCCAAGGUCUAAAUGGAGACCUUUAUUUUUCUAAUGUGAUUCCAGAAGAUACCAGGGAAGAUUACAUUUGUUAUGCAAGAUUUAAUCAUACCCAGACAAUACAACAGAAGCAGCCCAUUUCUGUAAAAGUUUUUUCAAUGGAUGCAUUGAAUGACACUAUAGCUGCUAAUUUGAGUGACACUGAGUUUUAUGGUGCCAAGCCUUUUACAGAGAGACCACCCACUCUUUUAACUCCAAAAGGCAGUACAAGUAACAAAGAGGAAUUAAGAGGAAAUGAACUUUUACUGGAGUGUAUUGCAGAAGGAUUGCCCACCCCAGAUAUCCAAUGGGAGAAGGAAGGUGGGGAAUUCCCUGCCAACAGGACAUUUUAUAAGAAUUUUAAAAAAACCCUCAGGAUCCUUGAUGUUUCAGAAGCAGAUUCUGGAAAGUACAAAUGUACAGCAAGAAAUACCUUAGGCUCCACUCAUCACUCCAUUUCAGUCACAGUAAAAGCUGCCCCCUACUGGAUAACAUCCCCCAAAAACCUGGUGCUUUCCCCUGGGGAGGAUGGGAUUCUGAUCUGCAGAGCCAAUGGCAAUCCAAAACCCAAGAUUAGCUGGUUAACAAAUGGUGCCCCAAUAGCAAUGGCUCCUGAUGAUCCCAGCAGAAAAAUAGAUGGUGAUACCAUUCUCUUUUCUGAUGUGCAAGAGCGAUCCAGUGCUGUUUACCAGUGUAAUGCCUCAAAUGAAUAUGGAUACUUGUUAGCAAAUGCAUUUGUCAAUGUAUUGGCUGAGCCACCUAGGAUCCUUACUGCCGCUAAUAUCCUUUAUCAGGUGAUCGCCAACCGUCCAGCUCUCCUAAACUGUGCUUUCUUUGGGUCUCCCAAGCCUGACAUCGAAUGGUUUAAAGGAGCAAAAGGAAGCAUUCUCCGAGGAGAGGAAUAUGUUUUCCAUGACAAUGGAACGUUGGAGAUUCCCGUGGCCCAAAAGGACAGCAUUGGAACCUACACAUGUGUAGUGAGAAAUAAAUUAGGCAUGGCAAAAAAUGAGGUUCACCUCGAAGUCAAAGAUCCAACAAGGAUCAUUAAACCACCCGAAUACCAAGUUGUGCAAAGAGCUGGCAGCGUGUCAUUUGAGUGCAGAGUGAAACACGAUCCUACGUUAAUGCCCACCAUUUCAUGGAUGAAAGAUAAUAAUGAACUGCCAAAUGAUGAAAGAUUCAUUUUUGAUAAAGACCAUUUGGUUAUAAGAAACAUCACUGAUCGAGAUGAUGGGACCUAUACUUGUAUCGCUAAUACUUCUCUGGACAGGGUUUCUGCAAGUGCAGCUCUUACAGUCGUUGCUCCCACCCCAACUCCAGCUCCUAUUUACGAUCAACCUAACCCACCCUUUGAUUUAGAAUUGACAAGUCGUCUAGAAAGAAGUAUUCAGCUGACAUGGAUACCAGGAGAUGAUAACAACAGUCCUUUGAUAAAGUUCAUCAUUGAGUAUGAAGAUGCAAUGAAUGAACCUGGGGUGUGGUAUUUCCAAACCGAUGUUCCUGGAACACAGACAACAGCACAGUUGAAACUUUCUCCAUAUGUGAAUUAUUCUUUCCGUGUCAUUGCUGUCAACAGUAUUGGUAGGAGCCUUCCCAGCGAACCAUCUGACUCAUAUAUGACUAAAGCCGCAGAGCCAGAUGAAAACCCUUCUGCUGUUGAAGGGAUUGGAUCCGAACCUGAUAAUUUGGUGAUUACAUGGAAGCCGUUGAAAGGUUUUGAGUCUAACGGACCAGGUCUUCAGUAUAAAGUCAGCUGGCGCCAGAAAGAUGGUGAUGACGAAUGGACAUCUGUUAUAGUUGCAAAUGUAUCUAAGUACAUUGUGUCAGGCACCCCGACUUUUGUUCCGUAUUUAAUCAAAGUACAGGCACUAAAUGACUUGGGAUACGCACCAGAUCCUGCUGUGGUUGAGGGACACUCGGGGGAAGACUUACCAAUGGCAGCUCCAGGUGGGGUUCAGGUGCACGUAGUUGACAGCACGCUGGCAAAUGUGCGUUGGGACCCAGUGCCUCCAAAAAGUAUACGAGGGCAUCUCCAAGGCUACAGAAUUUAUUAUUGGAAAUCAGAUGAUUCACUUAAGAGAAAUAGGCGGCAUGUGGAGAAAAAAAUCCUCACGUUCAGCGGGAACAAGACAAAUGCCAUGCUGCCUGGGCUAGAGCCCUUUAGCCAUUAUACCUUGAACGUACGAGUUGUGAAUGGCAAAGGGGAGGGACCUGCCAGUCCUGACAAGAUAUUUAAGACACCUGAAGGAGUUCCCAGUGCUCCUUCCUUUUUGAAGAUUAUUAAUCCGACGCUUGACUCUUUAACUUUGGCAUGGGAUCCACCCAACCACCCAAAUGGGAUCUUGACUGCUUACACCCUGAAGUAUCAACCAAUUAAUGGCACACAUGAACUAGGCCCUUUGAUAGAGGUAGAAAUUCCAGCCAACGAGACCAGCUUCAUUUUAAAACAAUUAAAUUACAGCACACGGUAUAAGUUUUAUUUCUCUGCACAAACAUCGGUGGGUUCUGGAAACCAAAUAACAGAGGAAGCUGUAACAACUAUGGAUGAAGGUAAGAUGGCUGGUAUUCUUCCACCUUCUCUAGGUGCAGGCAAAGUGUCACCAGUUAAUCCAAGGAUAAGGAAUGUUACAGCAGCAGCUGCUGAGACCUAUGCAAAUAUCAGUUGGCAGUAUGAGGGACCAGAUCAUGUGAACUUAUAUGUUGAAUACGGUAUAGCAGGCCGCAAAGAAGAAUGGAGAAAAGAAAUUGUAAAUGGUUCUCGAAGCUUCUUUGGGUUAACGGGCUUAACGCCGGGAACAGCAUAUAAAGUCCGAGUUGGUGCUGAGGGGGAUUCUGGUUAUGUGAGUUCAGAGGAUAUGUUUGAGACAGGUCCAGCAAUGGCAAGCCGACAGGUUGACAUUGCAACUCAAGGCUGGUUUAUUGGUCUUAUGUGUGCUGUUGCCCUUCUUAUCUUGAUUUUGCUGAUUGUUUGCUUCAUCCGAAGAAAUAAGGGUGGUAAAUAUCCAGUGAAAGAAAAGGAAGAUGCUCGUGCUGAUCCAGAAAUCCAACCCAUGAAGGAAGAUGAUGGAACUUUUGGGGAAUACAGGUCUACCAAAAGUGAUGCCGAGGACCAUAAACCUCUUAAAAAGGAGAGUAGAACACCUUCAGACAGAACUGUGAAAAAAGAGGACAGCGAUGAUAGCUUGGUUGACUAUGGGGAAGGGGUAAAUGGCCAAUUUAACGAGGAUGGUUCCUUCAUUGGCCAGUACAGUGGCAAGAAAGAAAAAGAACCAGCAGAAGGAAACGAAAGCUCUGAGGCCCCUUCUCCUGUCAAUGCCAUGAAUUCCUUUGUUUAAUUCAUGAGCUUCCAGCUGAUAUUCCCCUUGGUCCAGGAUGCUUGGAUUCCUCUUCUCACACUAUGAACAUACAGGGGGAAAAACUCCUUUCUGUAGUAUGUUUCUAUUCUGAGAACAGGGAGUUCAAACUAAUAACAAAGUGUACACUUAAGAGCCAAUUGGAGUACCAAAUCAUAAUUUGCCCAAAGCCUGAUUUUUCAUUUCAAAAGUACUGACACAAGUAAUGUAAUAUCAACAAGUAAAUGUUAUUUCCUCUUAAAGAUACAGUAUGAUGCAUGAAAAAUGCUACACAUUUCUCAGACAAAUCUGUGUAUACUGUUAAAAAAUGCCAAUACUUUGUUCUGCUGGACUCAGCAGAAUCCCUUAAUAUGGAUUGUUUUCCUUGUCAAGAGUGUAUUGUAUUAUUUUGAACUUCAAUGUCUUUGUGGACAUUGUUGUGAAAUGGGUGAUGUCUAGCGAUCAGAAGUCUUUUUGACAAUUAGGACCAGUGUGUACAGUAUAGAAUUGCAUUUGCUGAUGCUUACUGAAACUCUGUUAACUGCUCUUUGCUCCAAUUACUUUAGACCCUUCUAUUCUAUCAGGUGUUAUGGCAGAACAGUGUCUUUUUUUACAGCAUCUCUGUGUGGGAUUGAUUUUAGGGCAUAUAAAAUGUGCAUUGCAAUGCAUUUUGGAAUUUGUACAGUCACAAAAAUGAGGGUUAGGAAACCGAUUUAAAAAAAAAAAGAUUCCGGAAAAUACAGGGCAAAAUAUAUUCUGUGCCUUCAUCCUAUAUGCAUUCCAUAACGUGCUCUACUGUUAAAGCAGUUAGUGCAGUGAGCUAUGAGUGGUGAACUAUCAUUGCCAAAAAGGAACUUUUUAAACAGAAAAGCUAUGAAAAAUGAGCUGCACAAUGGAAGAGAUUUUAAUUUUUAUCAAUGACAUAAAGCAUGGAAGGUUGGUAAUUCUUUUCUUUGCAGACACACACGGUGCUUUUAUGACCUUACCUAGUUUCUACAAAAAUUGUUGAAUGAAAAUGUUUUACCAAGGCAACAAAAUGUAAAAUUUAUUGAAAAAGUGUUACUUGAAAAAGACAAUGUCAUGUCAACUGCGGUACCCAUUACCUUUGGACAUUGUCUACAACAUUUCAGAAUGAACUUCAGAAUUCAAGAAAUCAGACCAAUGCUAACAAAGUUUAGUGGUGAAAGCAUUGCACUUAUUAAAAAUAAGCUACACACUUUCUCAUAUUCAUGAAUUAUCAAAAGAUUUACCUCCAAAUAUGAAAUUAUAUAGCAACCUAUGGUUGAAGGAAUGCUGUUUCAUUUGCCAAUAAAUUGGUUUUUCAUAACUUGCAUCAAGUUUAAUUUUAAGUAAAGCUUUUUAUAUGUAGAUAUUUUGUUGACCUUGUAAAUACACUUAAAAAGUAGAAGCUAUAUGCUUAUAGAUGUAUUAUACAAAUAAACAUAGAAACGAAAAAGCUAAAGUUGUACUGUGUAAAGUGAGAAAGGUGCAUGGUAUUUGAAAGCAUCUCCUUCGAUAUGUCUUUUUUUUUUGUCCUUUGCUGUGAAACAGAACUGCGUAUUCACGGAAGCUUUUUAGAUAAAAUCUUCAGAGCUUGUACCAUAAUAUUACAUUAGGUUGCCAUUGCCUCGCAACUUUUCUGUAGCUCAGCAAAGCACAGAAGAUCAACUUUCCUGCUGAAAAUGUUUAAACGGUAAAAUAUCUACAAAGCACAGAGAGGACUGGUUCUUCCGAUUUACCAACCAUCUUGGCAACAAGAGUAUAACUUUUACUCCUCUGCAAUUGUCGAUUCUCACUGUAUCUGUGCCUGAAGGGGGACACGUAGGCAGCCACACUCUGUAAUAGUGCAGCAGGUUUUAUAUUAAAAUUAAAUGUGGUCUUCCAAUUCCC